GUUCCACAGGACCCUGCAGGGGGAGACGUACGAGAGCCUGUGCGCCCCCCGACCCCGUGCAGACUCAGGAACGCCCGACCCCCCAAGUUUGUCCCGUGGGGGUGUCACCAGAGUCGUGGAGGCGGUGCCGGCAGUGGAGGCCGCAGACACCUUGGGCCUGGCCACCAGCGCGCGCCUCACCGCCCUGCCGCCGUCCCUAUGCGCGCCCAGACGACGGCGCUUGGCUCCCAUGCGCUCCGGUGCAGCGCCCCGGGGCCGACCCCGGCCCCCUGCCCUGGCACUGUCCCCCACGGGCCCCGAGUCCCUGACCCACUUCUCCUUCAGCGAUGAGGACACCCGUCGGCACCCUCUGGGCAGAACUGUCAGCUUCGAUGCAGAAAAUGGACCGACACCAUCUCCCGGCCGAAGCCCCCUGGACUUGCAGGCGAGCCCAGGACUUGUGCUCCACGCUGGGGCGGCCACCAGCCAGCGCCGGGAAUCCUUCCUGUACCGCUCAGACAGUGACUAUGACAUGUCACCCAAGACCAUGUCCCGGAACUCAUCGGUCACCAGCGAGGCGCACGCUGAAGACCUCAUCGUAACACCAUUUGCUCAGGUGCUGGCCAGCCUCCGGAGCGUCCGCAGCAACUUCUCACUCCUGACCAAUGUGCCCGUUCCCAGUAACAAGCGGUCCCCGCUGGGCGGCCCCACCCCUGUCUGCAAGGCCACGCUGUCAGAAGAAACGUGUCAACAGUUGGCCCGGGAGACUCUGGAGGAGCUGGACUGGUGUCUGGAGCAGCUGGAGACCAUGCAGACCUAUCGCUCUGUCAGCGAGAUGGCCUCGCACAAGUUCAAGAGGAUGUUGAACCGUGAACUCACACACCUGUCAGAAAUGAGCAGGUCAGGAAACCAGGUCUCAGAGUACAUUUCCACAACAUUCCUGGACAAACAGAAUGAAGUGGAGAUCCCAUCACCCACGAUGAAGGAACGAGAAAAACAGCAAGUGCCGAGACCAAGACCCUCCCAGCCGCCCCCGCCCCCUGUACCACACUUACAGCCCAUGUCCCAAAUCACAGGGGUGAAAAAGUUGAUGCAUAGUAACAGCCUGAACAACUCUAACAUUCCCCGGUUUGGGGUGAAGACUGAUCAAGAAGACCUCCUGGCCCAAGAACUGGAGAACCUGAACAAAUGGGGCCUGAACAUCUUUCGCGUGUCGGAUUACGCCGGAGGGCGCUCUCUCACCUGCAUCAUGUACAUGAUAUUCCAGGAGCGGGACCUGCUGAAGAAAUUCCGCAUCCCUGUGGACACGAUGGUAACAUACAUGCUGACGCUGGAGGAUCACUACCACGCUGACGUGGCCUACCACAACAGCCUGCAUGCAGCCGACGUGCUGCAGUCCACCCACGUACUGCUGGCCACGCCUGCCCUAGAUGCAGUGUUCACGGACCUGGAGAUUCUCGCUGCCCUCUUCGCGGCUGCCAUCCACGAUGUGGAUCACCCUGGGGUCUCCAACCAGUUCCUCAUCAACACCAAUUCGGAGCUGGCACUCAUGUACAACGAUGAGUCGGUGCUCGAGAAUCACCACCUGGCCGUGGGUUUCAAGCUGCUGCAGGAGGACAACUGCGACAUCUUCCAGAACCUCAGCAAGCGCCAGCGGCAGAGCCUACGCAAGAUGGUCAUCGACAUGGUGCUGGCCACGGACAUGUCCAAGCACAUGACCCUCCUGGCUGACCUGAAGACCAUGGUGGAGACCAAGAAAGUGACCAGCUCGGGGGUCCUCCUGCUGGAUAACUAUUCUGACCGCAUCCAGGUCCUCCGGAACAUGGUCCACUGUGCAGACCUCAGCAACCCCACCAAGCCACUGGAGCUGUACCGCCAGUGGACAGACCGCAUCAUGGCCGAGUUCUUCCAGCAGGGUGACCGCGAGCGGGAGCGUGGCAUGGAAAUCAGCCCCAUGUGCGACAAGCACACGGCCUCCGUGGAGAAGUCUCAGGUGGGUUUUAUUGACUACAUCGUGCACCCAUUGUGGGAGACCUGGGCGGAUCUCGUCCACCCAGAUGCCCAGGAGAUCCUGGACACGUUGGAGGACAACCGGGACUGGUACUACAGCGCCAUCCGGCAGAGCCCAUCGCCGCCACCCGAGGGGGAGUCAAGGGGGCCUGGCUACCCACCCCCGCCUGACAAAUUUCAGUUUGAGCUUACGCUGGAGGAGGAAGAAGAGGAAGAAACAUCAGUGGCCCAGGAGGCAUUGACCUCGCAGGGAUUGUCCACAGCCGAGGGUGCUCUGGAUGCAACCAUGGCCUCAUCCCCAGCCAAGGAGUCAUUGGAAGUCAUGGCACAGGACACGCCCCUGGAGGCGGAGCUGGAGGAAGUGGAUUUGACGCAGCAGGCAGAGUCCACGGGCAGUGCACCUGUGGCUCGGGAUGACUUCUCAUCCCAGGAGGAAUCCGUGGUUGCUGUAAGCCAUGGCAGCCCCUCUGCCCUGUCUCUUCAAAGCCCCCUUCUCCCUGCCUGGAGGACCCUGUCUGUUUCAGAGGAUGCCCCGGGCCCCUCGGGCCUCCCCUCCACGGCGGCCGAGGUGGAGGCCCAACGAGAGCACCAGGCUGCCAAGAGGGCUUGCAGUGCCUGCGCGGGGACAUCUGGGGAGGAAACAUCAGCACUCCCAGCUCCUGGUGGGUGGGGGUCACGUGGAGGAGACCCUACCUGAUCCCCAGACCUCUAUCCCUGUACCCCUCCGCUCUUCCUCCCCUCCCUCAAUCACCUCCUCCGCUGCCUCAAAGACUCUUAGCCCUCCUAAGAAAAAAGAAAACAGAAAAGUGGGUUUUUUUUUCUCUUUUCUUUUUUUCCCCUUUCCCCCCACCCCCACCCACGGGGCCUUUUUUUUUGGAGGUGGGGGCUGGGGAACGAGGGGCUGAGGUCCCGAAAGGGAUUUUAUUUUUUUGAAUUUUAAUUGUAACAUUUUUAGAAAAAGAACAAAAAAAAAAAAAAAAAAAAGAAACACAGCAACUGUAGAUGCUCCUGUUCCUGGUUCCCCCUUUCCACCUCCAAGACCCUCCCCUCCCCUCAUUGCCCCCCAAGUUCCAGGCUUAGUCUUCCAGCCGCCUGGGCAUCUCUACCUGGGCCCGGGCAGGCAUGGGGUCUUCUUCUGGGCUUUUCUUCUGAAUUUUAGAGGGUUUCUAGAACCCGGUCAGGAAUAGCCAUUCUAGGCGGGGCUGGGGCUGGGUAAGGGGCAGUCACUGUGGGAGGUCCCAGCUCCAGCCCCGCUCUGAUUUGCUGCCUCUUUUCCCCCCUAAAAGAAGUCUUCCGCCUGAUUUUGCACAAUCCUGGCAAUCUGGCUAGGGAGUCAGGGAGCCCGGGAGUUGUUCACUUAGGAUUCAGGGGGUGAUGUGGAAGGGGGCGUGCACACCGCCAGCCUCAGGCAUGGGAUUUGAGGAGGGUCCUAGACCUCCUCCACUCUCCAUCCCCUCUCCCUUCCACUUUGGGUUCACUUUGAAUUUUCUCCGUUUUGGGGGGUGGUGGCUUUGAUUCACACACAGCUCCCCCCACUACUCCACUUCUAGCUGCUUCUCCUCUUGUUUCUGCCUUAAUGAUUCCCACAGCCACAGGAGAAAGGGUUGCAGUGGCUUCCGCCUGCACCUUGAGUGAGGCAGGGCCAGGCGCCCAGAACCCCCAUCCUGCCCGUACCCACCUUUCCAGUGUCCUCCAGAUCCCACCUUCCACACUCUGACCACAGCCCCCAUCCUUUUGCCCUAGGAGGAAGCAAUAAUGGCGUAUACCCUCAUUCUCAGUCCUGGGCAACCCUUCCUUCCACCCCAGCACCAAAAUAAUUUCUCCUCCUUCCCUACCUUGCCAGGCCUCUCCCUCUCCCCCAGCUAGUCCCUGAGCAAUAUGGCAGACAGAUACAAGGCCAUUUUUCUCCAAGCCAUGGGAGACUGUUUGAAAGGAAAGACCCCUCUCUCCCUCCUCCCUCGCCCCUCAGCCUGGUUCUGCAACUGGGCUGAUCUCUUUCAUCACCUGCCCCCCACCCAGUUCUGAGCACACAGUACUGUAGCCCCCAGUUCCUCCCUAGCCUUCCAUCUGUCUGUCCACCCCAGGGGGAAGUAACCCCCCACACGCACUCCCUUGAUGCUGUCUGUACAGGGUUCAUAUUUUGUAGCGAAAGUUGUUUCUGUCCCAGCCGGGGAUCAGAGUGGGCCUUUUCUUUCUUUUCUUUUUGUUCAUUCUUUUUCUUUCUUUCUUUUUUUUUUUUUUUUGUACAUACUGUAAGGUUGGUUUGUAAAUUAUUCUACAGAAGCAAAAAGGGAAAAUAAAAACUUGUCCUUCCCUGGCUGAUCCAGUCAGGAAGGUAGGGAAGGGGGCCUCCUGUUGGGAGAGUCUCCGUUCCUGCUGUAUUAUACAAACUGUACCAUAGUCCCGGGAAAAGGGUGGACUCACCACUGUCGUUUUACGGGAAGUCGUGUCAUCCUAGGGGUGGGGGCUGGGUAGAGCCUGUCCCCUCCCCCUACCCCAGGAGCCAGGGGGUGACUGGCGAGACAGACCCCACCCCCAAGCAGGGCUCCUCUCCCCAGGGUGGGCACAGGACCUCUGUAAGCUGCUUGUGUCUUGUCCACUUUGACGAUCAGUCAUUUGGUCCAUUGAUCAAUAAUCAAUCUUCGAUCUUGUCUCCAAUUAAAACGAGGCUUUCACCGAU